AUGCCGUCCUACGGAAUUCUGGGCCAGCCAGACGAAGAUAACCUUCACAAGUCGCGCCUGUUGAACGUCGAAGAAAAACCAUUCAAGCGCAUUUCCAAGCGUCUUCUAAACCCCGAAUCCCUCGUUGUCUCCCAUGCGACGCUCCCAACGCCUCCCCCCGACGGAACCGACGAAGGACCCGCGGCCGUCGACGACGCCACGAAGCAGAAAAAGCUCGACGAAUGGCGCCAUUUCCGCGAAGAUGUGACCCUCGACUUUGCUGCCUUUGAGAGCAGCAUCGCGCGCAUCCAGUUUCUCCUGACGAGCAACGAGAAGGAACGCGAACGCUACGCCGCCGAGAAGCUCCGCAUCCUCUCGACCAUGCAAUCCGUCCGCGAAAACACCGCCGACUUGCGGGCCCAAUUAGAAGAAGCGCAGCGACUACUGGCAUUACGGAAGAGCUACGACGAGCUGGCCGAGAAGAUCACGAGUAACCGGCUACUCAAACCGCGCGAGGACCAGCAAGCCAACCUGCAGAAGCUCCGGGCUGAGAUCACAGAGCUGGAGAAAGAGAGCACGGAAUAUGCACAGACCUGGGCGGAGCGGCGCGAGCAGUUUGGCCGUAUUGUGGAGGAGGGCAUGCAGCUCCGGCGUCUUAUUCGGGACGAGAAGGAGGAGGUUGAGCGCAGAGAGGGUAUGCAGGAAGGGGAGGCUGGUGACGACGGCGAUGUCCCGUCCAGAGGGAAGUCGAGCGGUGCCAACAGCCCCCGUCCUGAGGUAGACAGCAUCACCCCUUCGCAACAUGGUCGGGACGAAUCAAGUCGAUCACCGGUCGGUUUGCACGCUGAACGGACGAACGCUCACGCUCCGGGCACACCUCUACGACAGGUGACGAUCGCUGACGAUGAGAGGAGGUCAUCGGCGGACCAAGAUGAUGCCACCAUGGUCGAUGAAAGGUGA